AUGUCGUACGACUUGCAAACCGCCGAACAAGCCGCUUAUGCGCCGUUCUUUGGAUACAUGGGAGCCGCUUCGGCCCAGAUCUUCACCGUCCUGGGAGCCGCCUACGGAACCGCCAAGUCGGCCGUCGGUAUCUGCUCGAUGGGAGUGAUGAGACCGGAGCUCAUCAUGAAGUCCGUCAUUCCAGUCAUUAUGGCUGGUAAGUUCCUCUUGACAUUUUUCAGUUUUCCAAUCGACUUCCUCAGGUAUCAUCGGUAUCUACGGAUUGGUCGUGGCCAUGGUUCUCAAGGGAAAGGUCACUUCUGCCUCUGCAGGAUAUGACCUCAACAAGGGAUUCGCUCACUUAGCCGCCGGACUUACCUGCGGAUUGUGCGGACUUGGAGCCGGAUACGCCAUCGGAAUCGUCGGAGACGCCGGAGUUCGUGGAACUGCCCAGCAGCCAAGACUCUUUGUCGGAAUGAUCCUCAUCCUCAUUUUCUCCGAGGUAAAUUCAGAAGUAUUUUUGUUCACAACUAAAUCUUGCUCUCUCAGGUCUUGGGACUCUACGGAAUGAUCGUCGCUCUGAUCCUCGGAACCUCCUAA